AUGGCAAAUGGACAGACGACACAUGUGGGGGGAGGGAGCCUAGGGGCCUGCCAGCCCUCGUACAGAGAGGCCCUGCCUGAGGCUAGGCUCUCUGCUGUAGCUCUGAGUCGGUCAGCGAUGCCCUUCGGCCUGAUGCGUAGAGAGCUGGCGUGCGAGGGAUACCCCAUCGAGCUGCGCUGCCCUGGCAGUGAUGUCAUCAUGAUUGAGACGGCCAACUACGGCCGCACGGACGACAAGAUCUGUGACGCUGACCCCUUCCAAAUGGAGAACGUGCAGUGUUACCUGCCUGACGCCUUCAAGAUCAUGUCACAGAGAUGUAAUAACCGUACCCAGUGUGUGGUGGUGGCAGGGUCCGAUGUGUUCCCAGACCCCUGCCCAGGGACCUACAAGUACCUGGAGAUACAGUACGAGUGUGUCCCCUACAAAGUGGAUCAAAAAGUCUUUGUGUGUCCAGGCACACUGCUGCGUGUACAGGCGGCCAGCUCGCUGCAGGAGGCAGAGCAUCAGUCGGGGGCGUGGUGUAAGGACCCUCUGCAGUCAGGUGACCGGCUCUAUGUCAUGCCUUGGACUCCCUACCGCACCGACAUGCUGUAUGAGUACGCCUCCUGGGAGGACUUCAGACAGAACCGCGCCACCACCACCUACAAGUUGCCGAACCGUGUUGAUGGCACAGGCUUCGUGGUAUACGACGGCGCCGUGUUCUACAAUAAGGAGCGCACACGCAACAUGGUCAAGUAUGACCUGCGCACACGCAUCAAGAGCGGCGAGGCCAUUAUCGCCAACGCCAACUACCACGACACAUCGCCCUACCGCUGGGGUGGGAAGAGCGAUAUCGACCUGGCAGUGGACGAGAAUGGGCUGUGGGUCAUCUACGCCACAGAGUCCAACAACGGACGACUGGUGGUCAGCCAGGUGAACCCGUACACCCUGCGCUUCGAGGGCACCUGGGAGACCAGCUUCGACAAGAGGCUGGCGUCCAACGCCUUCAUGGCGUGCGGCGUGCUCUACGCCGUGCGCAGUGUCUAUCAGGACGACGACAGCGAGGCCGGCGGGGAUCUGAUCCUUUACGCCUACAACACGAACCGUGCCCGGGAGGAGCCCGUCCACAUCCCCUUCCCUAACCCCUACCAGUACGUCUCCUCUGUGGACUAUAACCCCAGAGACAACCAGCUCUACAUCUGGAACAACUAUAAUGUUCUGAGAUACCCGCUGGAGUUCGGACCACCGGACCCCACCACUGGCCCUCUGACGACUUCUCAGGUGACCAGCACCACUCCAGCCCGACCUUUCACCUCCAGUUCUAGCCCUGCUACCACCCGCCCCCUGGCCCCCACCUCUCACCCCAUUGGCGCUAUCAACAAGGGCCCUGACCUGCGGCCAAUCACAGCCACCGUACCAGUCACCAGGCGGCCUCCCCGCCCGCCCAUCCAGGGCCCGGAGCCCCAGGUGUGUGAGUCCAGAGUGGCCAGAGGGGUGCAGUGGCCCUCCACCCAGAGAGGAGAGACUGUGGACCGCCCCUGUCCUAAAGGAUCACUAGGCAUCGCCUCGUUCCAGUGCUUGGCGGCUCCGGUCAUGUGGAACCCUCGGGGCCCUGACCUCAGUAACUGCACCUCUCCCUGGGUCAACCAGGUAGCCCAGAAGAUAAAGAGUGGUGAGAAUGCUGCCAACAUAGCUGGGGAGUUGGUGAACCACACACGGGGGCGGAUCCACGCUGGUGAUGUCAGCUCGUCAGUGCGUCUGAUGGAACAGCUGCUGGACAUACUGGAUGCCCAGCUUCAGGCCCUGCGGCCCGGCAACAAGGAGUCAGCCGCACGCAACUACAACAAGCUCCAGAAGAGAGAGAGGACCUGUCGGGCUUACAUCCAGGCGGUAGUGCAGACAGUGGACAACCUGCUGCGUACAGAGGCUCUGGAGUCGUGGCAGGACAUGAACACUACGGAGCAGGCCCACACCGCCACCAUGCUAUUGGACGUCCUGGAGAAAGGAGCCUUCCUAUUGGCCAACAACAUGUACGGCAACCGCUUCACCGACCGGGCCCCCAAUAUCGAUCUGGAGGUGCACGUGUUGAACACAGAGAUGGACCUUCAGGACCUGUCCUUUCCUCAGAACUACGUGAGCGACAGCACCAUCCAGCUCUCCGCCUCCACCAUCAAACAGUACAGCCGCAAUGGCCAAGUCAAGGUAGUGUUUGUUCUUUAUAAGAACUUGGGCUCCUUCCUGUCUACGGAGAACGCCACGGUGAAGAUGGAGCUGGAGGCGGCACCGGGGGAGCGGGGAUUGGCGGUCAACUCCCACGUCAUCGCCGCCUCCAUCAAUAAAGAGUCCAGCAGAGUGUUCCUCACUGAGCCGGUGGUGUUCACACUCAAACACUUACAGUUGGAGAACCACUACAGUCCCAACUGUUCGUUCUGGAAUUACUCUGAGCGGUCGAUGACAGGCCAGUGGUCGUCUCAGGGCUGUAGACUGCUGGAGACCAACAGCACACACACCACCUGCUCCUGUUCCCACCUCACCAACUUUGCUGUGCUUAUGGCCCACCACCAGCCUGAUUACCCUGGGAGGAUGCACGAGUUGAUCCUGUUUGUGAUCACCUGGGUGGGCAUAGUGAUCAGCUUGGUGUGCCUGGCUAUCUGCAUCUCUACCUUUUGCUUCCUGAGGGGCCUGCAGACCGACCGCAACACCAUCCACAAGAACCUCUGCAUCAACCUCUUCAUCGCAGAGCUCCUCUUCCUUAUCGGCAUCGACAAGACCCAGUACCACAUUGCCUGUCCGAUCUUUGCUGGGCUGCUUCACUUCUUCUUCCUGGCUGCAUUCUCCUGGAUGUGUCUGGAGGGGGUGCAGCUCUAUCUGUUGCUGGUGGAGGUGUUUGAGAGCGAGUACUCCCGCAAGAAGUACUACUACCUGUGUGGCUACUGCUUCCCAGCUCUGGUGGUGGGCAUCUCGGCAGCCAUAGACUACCGGAGCUAUGGGACCAAGAAAGCGUGCUGGUUGCGGGUGGAUAACUACUUCAUCUGGAGCUUCAUUGGCCCUGUUUCUUUUGUUAUUAUGCUGAACCUGGUGUUCCUCAUGAUCACCGUGCACAAGAUGACCCGCAACUCCUCUGCCCUAAAACCUGACUCCAGUCGCCUCGACAACAUCAAGUCAUGGGCUAUUGGGGCCAUCGCCCUGCUCUUCCUGCUAGGUCUGACCUGGUCCUUCGGCCUCCUCUUCAUCAAUGAGAACACGGUCAUCAUGGCCUACCUCUUCACCACCUUCAACGCCUUCCAGGGCAUGUUCAUCUUCAUCUUCCACUGCGCUCUGCAGAAAAAGGUGCAUAAGGAGUACAGUAAGUGCAUGUCUCUAACCACGUCACUCAGUAACACUGCUGCAGCCAGUAGACAACAACAUAAAGUCUCCACCACCAGCUCCCACGGCUCCCUGAAGAACUCUGCCCUGCGUGCCAACAACCGCUACUACACUGGCAACCAGGCCCGCCACGCUGCCGCACACAGACAGAGUCGGAUCCGCAGGAUGUGGAACGACACGGUUCGGAAGCAGACGGAAUCUUCCUUCAUGGCGGGAGACAUCAACAGUACUCCUUCACUCAACCGUGCCACCAUGGGAAACCACCUCCUGACCAACCCAGUGUUACAGACCCGUACCGGCACCUCUCCCUACAACACCCUACUAGCUGAGAGCUUCACUCCCCCUUCUCCUGGUGUCUUCAACUCAACCGGAACCUUCCGUGACCCAAAGAACAUUCUGUGUAAGGCCCGUGAUCCAUGUGGUAUGGACACCCUGCCCCUCAAUGGUAACUUCAACAACAGCUACUCCCUCCGCAGCGUGGGGCCGGUGGGCGGUGGCGGGGGCAGCUGUGACUUCCUGGGCGGGGGCAUGGGGUGUGCAGACACCCCCCCUCCCCUCCUCAACCCCCGCGGGUCUGAAACCCUGGGCGGGGACGGAAUACGGCGCAACCUGUCUGACGCAGCUGCCUUCGAGAAGAUGAUCAUCUCUGAGCUGGUGCACAACAACCUGCGUGGGGCAGGAGCUGGGGGCGGGGAUAGGGUCUGUGGUAGUCUGGCGAGGGGCCCUCCUCACGGCGGAGUAGGCCGAGGCACGGGAGUAGCUGUGCCAGAGCCGAGCAUCAGCCUGGACGACGACGAGGACUUCCUGUCCAGAGAAGGCGGGCGCCAGAGGACGCCGCAGGACGUGGAGCUGCUCUACAAAGCCCUGGAGGAGCCACUGCUACUGCAGAGAGCCCAGUCUGUCCUUUACCAGUCUGACCCCGAGGAGUCAGAGAGCUACACGGCCGACCUCACAGAGAGCCUGGGCCACAGCGGCCACAGUGGGCACAGCGCCGGAGGCCAGGGUUCUGGGGGACAGGGCCCUGACUCUCCCGCCAGGGACUCCCUGUACACCAGCAUCACCAACCUGCGAGACUCGCCCUACCCGGACAGUAGCCCCGAGCCCCUGGAGGUGGUGCCCCGCUCGGCCCAGCCCCCUGAGGAGCUCUAUUACAGCUCUGGGAGGCCCGCCCUGGGGUCUCGAGGAGCACCCAUGCAGACCUUCUACCAGGCCCCGCCCCCCAGGAGGCCCAGUAGGGAGGGGGAGGGGCACCUCAGCCAGGAGCCCACCCACAGCGAGGGAGACGGACAGAUGCAGCUGGUCACCAGCCUGUGACUGGAACCGCGAGGAUGCGGACAGGGACCAAGAUGAUGAGGAUGAGGAGGAAGGCUGGCUGGUUGCCUCUUCAGAACCCGCCUCUCUCUCUUUCUCUCGCUCCUCUCCACUUCCUGCUUGAUUGGUUGCCUUUUUUUCCCUCUUUAUUUGUAUUGAAAGAUGAGCGAGCAAAUGUACAUUUAAGGAGAGUUUAGCUGUCUCCACGGCAACAGUCUUAUCCUAGAGAACCUCCGCUGUCUGGUGGAGAUGAGUGAUGGCUGAGUUGUUCUUCUCUGGAACAUUCACCCGCUCUCUCCUUCUCUCUCUUCAACAUCCCCCUUUCUCAUGGCACGCAGCAGACAGAUGCCAGGUCCAGCACUCUGAAUGUACCAAUCCAACAAACCCCUUAUACCUUACUCCUACAGAGCUACAGAUAUUUCUCAACUUAACUUUGUUCAAAGUCCAUUUUUAUUUAAUUUCACUGAAUUUCUACAAACAUUCCUCUCGAGAAAUUGGUCUCAUUUUCUAGUUCCCUUUUCUCUUUCCCUUUUUCAUGUUCCAUCUCUCUUUUUGUUCAUUUGCUCGGCGUAGUUAGCUGUGGAGACAGGGGAUAUACUGUAGUAGCCUAUUAUACCAUAGGAAAAAAAUCUCUGAAAGCUACUUCAGUGUUGCCAAAAAUACAUUUUCCCAGCCAGAACAGAAACUGGAGCAUUCGCACACACACAGACAUACACACACACGCUCACUCACUCACAGAAGUGCUUGUUUCUGAACAUCAGACACAACCCUCCAUCUGAGUAAAAAGAAGCCAGAACAAUUGUUCAGACAGAGGCAGUUGGAGCUGUCUAAGAGUAGUUGCCUUUAUUUUAUCUUGCUAUGAACUGACUCUUAUGUACAGAACUAGAGGAGAGACUUAGGAAGUACACCACAGGACAGGAAGGCUGUUUGAGGGGUCAAGAGGUAGAUCUUUAGGACUCGAGGAACGGACAAGGACUUUUUUUUAAUUUGGGCUUUUUUGUUAUUUUCUUCAGACAUUUGAAAAGUUAAAGACUGCUUUACUAACUUUGAAGAAGAAUAUGUUAUCUUGGUGACUUUCUGUUGCAUCACCCGGAGGGUUGUUAAGGGACAGAUUGUGCACCCUUUAAGAAUGGAUGCCCUCUUCAAUGGAUGUGUCCACGUCACCUAUGUGUGGUUGUGACAGAAUGGACUCUAAAUGUUGGAACCACUUCAGCCGUUACGCAAGUCUAACCCUGUACAUAUGAACCACACAAACUACAGUACUUACUCUACUCCUACCGUGUAAAUACAGAAACCGGAUGAAGAAAAGCAACAAAAAAGUAAGAAAUAUUAAAAACGGACUUCUUGUACUGCAACAAAACAACAAAAGAAAAAAAGAAAAUGUUUUGGAGUUUGUGAUCUGAAUGAUGCACUCUAUCUCUCUGCCUGUCGUUAUCUUGCUCUCUCACUGUCGUUCUCUUGACUCAUAACUAGUGCUGUGCUAUUCAGUGAAAAUCUCUCGAACAGAAAAACAGAGAGAGAGAAAGAGUAUGAUGGGUGGUAGAUUUUGCAUACAAAUAAAAACGUUUUUAAAAAAAGUCCUGGCACAAUUUUAUGUAAUAUAAUCCAUUACA